AUGGAACCCACCGGCAACUCCCCCGACUCCAGUGACCGCAAGACCGGCAAGAAGAUCGUCGCCUCCUCUGCUACUGUGAAACCAAAUGGGAAGUCCAUCUCUUCCUCCGCGAUUGCGAAGACUGAUGUUUCAUCUCCUGUUCCGGUGAAACCAAACGUUGCUACCGAUCUCUCCUCCGUGCAUGCAGACCAAGUCAUGUUAUUCCGAGAUGUCUCAUUCGGCCCACGCGAAGCGGAGUUGAGGUUUCGUCUGAUUCACUUCUGGGAGGCUCGAAAUCCACUCACGAAAACACUCAUCGGACAAGAGAUGCUUCUUAUCGAUGAAGAGGUCAGGACUGCUAUUCAAGGUUUUGUUCCAGCCGGACGGGUCGGGACCUUUGAUCUGACAGAUGGGGUCGUGUAUAAGCUGAACAACUUCUUCGGGUCCAGAAGCAAAGUUCAAUAUCGAGUUGCUGAUCAUAUCGCCACCGUCUCAUUCACCUGGAAUUCUGAUUUAGCGGUUCUUGAUAACCCUCCGGUCCCAUUUCCAGAGGAUAGGUUCAGGUUCCACGGCUAUGAGGAGUUUAGGGCCAACUGCGACUCUAAGGGUGACCUUUAUGAUUAUGUUGGCCAUAUGAAGCUGGUGAAUGGGCAGACUAUCUCUGACCAUAUUGUUCUUGACGAGGUUGACAUCUCAGAGAAGUGGCAUAUAUGUGUUCAUGUUCAGACACAUGAUGGACCAGUGAUGAAGCUCUACAUAUGGGACAAGGCUGCAUCCGACUUCUGCCAGAAAUUCAAAUCUUAUGGAGGCACCCCAAUCGUUCUGUUAGUCACCACUGUGAACCCCAAACACCUUGGAGGAACACUCGCUCUCACUACAAUGUCAUCAUCUCGAGUGUUCAUGGAUGCUGAUGUCCAGCCUAGCAAAGAUUACCUUGAAUGGUUGAGCUCUAACUCAGACAUUGCUAAUAGGGUUGCUGCUGAGGUCGUUACCAAGCCUGAGACAGUGACUCUAGGGGAGAUAUUCUCUUACAUCAAGCAGGAAGGUUCUAAGGUUGCUUGGUUUGAAUGCACAGCAACUAUCGAUGAUGUUGUCCAGGGUUCUGCCUGGUAUUACAUUUCUUGCGGAGGAUGUAAUAGUAAGGCAGUAAAAGGGCCUACCUCUCUGACUUGUAACAGCAAGAAGUGUGGGAAAAGGGAAGUUACCGGCGUUGCUCAGUACCUCACAAAGAUCUCUGUUUAUGAUGAGAGUGAGCAAGCAGUUUUUGUUGUACUUGGUGAUGCUGGCAAAGAGUUGACCGGGAAGCAUGCGUCAGCAUUAGUUGUCAGUUACUUUGAGUCCAAUGCUGGUGUGGAUGCUGACCAUUGCGUGCCGGUGCCGCAAGCUCUACUUGAUGCAAUAGGGCAGAAGCGCAGAUUCGUUGUGAAGGUUUCCGACCAUAACUUGACAGGCAAGACUCAAACCCUGACUGUCACCAAGAUACUCCCGCCAGAAGCUCCACAGCCCAUAGAACACUUGGAAGAAAAGGCUAAUCCUUCAAGAGGCUUCGAAGAUGCUGCGGGUGAUAUGGUUAGGAAAGCAUCUGAGCGUCUUGAGUCCGGAGAAGCCAAGCGCCCCAAGAGUGGCUAA